GGAGGAGAGGAGGAGAAGAGGGAACCAAACCGGCAGAAGUCAGAAAGUAAGUGAGACUGAACAGAGCUGUGCGAAGUGAGGUGAAAAUGGCACAACGUCUACGUUUGUACUUUGGCUCUGGCCGCAGUAACACAGCCCCGGAGAUACUGGACGGAGAGUCUGACGAACAGCAAACACAUCGUGAUCUGACCAUGACACCCCACAUGCAGUCGCCUCCAGGACCGUGGCCUUUUCAGCAGGAGCCAACUUCACAGCACUUCCCACCCAGAGCGUUUGGGCAGCGCUCGGAGCCUUCACUUAAGCGCAGCUCAUCCAUGUUCAUACCCCAGCUUGCUGCCUACCCUGAGCCACGGCUCACUAAGAGCUCCUCCAUGCACAUCUCCCUACAGCGCUCCAAUGGAUCAAAUAAUGAAGAUUCCAGUAAUCGUGUCGAUGAUGUCCCACCACCUUGUUAUACUCCUCCAAGCCCUGCGCCUCCAUAUUCAGAAGUACGAGCAGAUGUUCCUCAGCAGCCGCCUCCUCCAUAUUGCAGCUCAGAUUCUUUAAACUCAGCAGCUUUCCUUACAGAGCCAAACUUACCAAAACGUAGGGUUUUCAGUAUUGGUUCUAAUGGUCAUACUGUCUAUAGUAGAGGUCAGCCUGGCAUCAGUGUCGGUGGGAUUUGUAUCCAGAGGAAGUCUCCUGAUGGCUGUGACAUCCAACAUUUCCGAAUCCUCCCUUAUGGAGAUACUGGCUGGUCUGUUAAGCAGCAGAGCUUAGAUCUGUCCUCUGGCGUUAAUGGUGGAACACAGAGACUAGUGUUUCAGCUCCAGCAAAAUCAGAACCAGGAUCAGAGCCAGGGCAGGCAACAGUCUGCUUCAUCCCAGGAAGAAUGUACCAAUGUUGGCUUUGCAAGUUCAAGGGGGUGUCGUAUGGUGCGCUACCCCAGAAUUAAGCUUGAGAGAAGCUCAUCUCACCAGAGACUUUAUCAACACAACGAAAAUGACCCAGAUGAUGAAACUACAGAGGAACACCAAACGGACAUGGGUACACAAAGAACGAACACAAGAAGCAGAUCUAAUGGUUGUACUUUCAAAUUCAGUAGGGAUACUCCCAGAAGACAGCCUCAUUUUAAGAUAUAUUUUACCCCUGGUGGAGGUGGAGAUCAAGAUAAGAUUCCUGGAAAUGAUGCAACAGAGAGUAGUCCUGAGACCAGAGAUGAUUUCCUGGGACAGGUUGAUGUUCCUCUCAGUCAUUUGCCGACAGAGGACCCUGCCAUGGAGCGUCCCUACACAUUUAAAGACUUCCUCUUGCGGCCCAGGAGUCACAAGUCCAGGGUGAAGGGUUACCUGCGUCUGAAGAUGGCCUAUCUGCCCAAACAAGGAGGACAUGAAGAGGAGGCAGGAGAGAUGAGGGAGGAGGCUGAGGGUUGGGAUGAAUCUGCAGACUCGGGCUCUCAGCGACCACAGCAGAUGCUGCCACCGUUACCUCCAGGUUGGGAAGAGAAGGUGGACAACUUGGGACGCACCUACUAUGUCAACCACAACAACCGCACAACACAAUGGAAGCGUCCCUCCAACAUGGAUGUGAUUUCCGAAACUGAGAGCGACAAUCAACAGCGGCAGAUCCAUCAGGAAGCCCACCGUGUCUUCCGCUCAAGACGCCACAUCAGUGAAGAUCUAGAGAACGAGCACUUGGAACCCAGGGACAUGGACAAUUCCUGGGAGCUCAUCACAGAAGAGGACCCUAAUGACAGCUUGGCCCAGUCUCUGCCUGGCCCCUCCUCCGUCAUGACACCACAGCACCCGCCAACACCCGUCACCCAGGAGUUCUCUGAGGAUCUGAACCUGAGGCUGUCUCUCACACCUGAUGCCAAUGGAGAAGUGCCAGGACCUAGCUCUGCUCUGAGCCAGUUGUCAAACAGACUGCGUUCCUCUAGUAUGACGGAUGGUGUCAGUGACCAGGCCCAGGCACCUCCUCUUAUGCAGAGUUCCCAGACCAGAAGAACGAGAGCUCAAACAGUCACAGGUGGUGAGGAGCCUAUGUCUCCCACCGCGUACUCCUUGACCACCCCUGGCCUGCCCCCUGGAUGGGAGGAGAGGAAGGACGGCAAAGGAAGAACUUAUUACGUCAACCAUAACAACCGCACCACUACCUGGACUAGGCCAAUUGUGCAGCUGACUGAAGAUGGAGCCAGCACCUCGGCAGCAGCUUCAGGAGGAGCCUCGGCCUUGGCAUCCAUAUCCACCCCCUCCUCCUCUUCCAAUGCCUCCAACAACCACCUCCAUGAGCCCCAAGUCCGACGACCUCGUAGCCUCAGCUCCCCCACUGUCACCCUUUCCACCCCCUUGGAGGGAGCCAACAACAUCCAGGUGCGGCGGGCCGUGAAGGACACGUUCUCCAACCCACAGUCUCCCCAGCCGUCCCCCUACAGCUCACCGAAAUCACAGCAUAAGGCUCAGCAGAGCUUCCUGCCCCCAGGCUGGGAAAUGAGGAUAGCCCCCAACGGACGACCUUUCUUCAUUGACCACAACAGCAGAACCACCACCUGGGAGGAUCCCAGGUUAAAAUAUCCGGUCCAUAUGAGGAACAAAAAUUCAAUGGAGCCUGGUGACCUUGGCCCACUUCCCAACCUACCAGAGGAGCCUGGAUGGGAAGAAAGAGUUCACACAGAUGGACGUACCUUCUACAUUGACCACAAUACAAAGAACACUCAGUGGGAGGACCCUCGCCUGCAGAGUCCAGCCAUCACAGGACCUGCUGUUCCCUACUCCAGAGAGUUCAAGCAGAAAUACGACUAUUUCAGGAAGAAAUUAAAGAAACCGGCCGACAUCCCCAACCGCUUUGAGAUGAAGCUCCACAGAAACAACAUAUUUGAGGAAUCGUACCGUCGGAUCAUGUCCCUGAAAAGGCCGGAUGUUCUGAAAGCACGGCUGUGGAUUGAGUUUGAGUCAGAGAAAGGACUGGACUACGGCGGAGUGGCCAGGGAAUGGUUCUUCCUCUUAUCAAAGGAGAUGUUUAACCCUUACUACGGCCUGUUCGAAUACUCUGCCACGGACAAUUACACUCUCCAAAUCAAUCCUAACUCUGGCCUGUGCAAUGAGGAUCAUCUGUCUUAUUUCAAGUUCAUUGGACGUGUGGCAGGAAUGGCUGUGUUUCAUGGAAAACUACUGGAUGGUUUUUUCAUUCGGCCGUUUUACAAGAUGAUGCUGGGAAAACAGAUUUCUCUUAAAGACAUGGAGUCUGUGGACAGUGAAUACUACAACUCCCUGAAGUGGAUUCUAGAAAAUGAUCCCACUGAGCUGGACCUGAGGUUCUGUAUCGAUGAGGACAACUUUGGACAGACGUACCAGGUGGAUCUGAAGCCCAGUGGCUCAGACAUGGUGGUGACGAACGAGAACAAGAAGGAAUACAUCGACCUGGUCAUCCAGUGGAGGUUUGUCAAUCGGGUGCAGAAACAGAUGAACGCUUUCCUGGAGGGUUUCACUGAGCUUAUUCUCAUAGAUCUGAUCAAGAUCUUUGAUGAAAAUGAGCUGGAGCUACUCAUGUGCGGUCUGGGUGACGUUGAUGUCAACGACUGGAGGCAACACACUGUUUACAAGAACGGCUACUGUCCCAACCACCCUGUUAUCCAGUGGUUCUGGAAGGUUGUCCUGUUGAUGGAUGCUGAGAAGAGGAUCAGACUCCUCCAGUUUGUUACAGGAACAUCACGAGUGCCCAUGAACGGCUUUGCCGAGCUUUACGGUUCUAACGGCCCUCAGCUGUUCACAAUCGAGCAGUGGGGAACACCAGACAAACUGCCAAGAGCUCACACAUGUUUCAACCGCCUGGAUCUGCCAACCUACGAAUCCUUCGAAGACCUGAGAGAGAAGCUCCUAAUGGCCGUAGAGAACGCGCAGGGCUUCGAGGGCGUCGACUAAAGAGACGAUAAAAACAACAGAAAACAGCAGCCACAGACUGCGACUAAACAACCAACGAUAACAAAAAAAAAAAAAAAACACCACAAAACAAAACGCCACAGGGAUGUCCAACAACAACAACAGCUGCCGCCGUAGCAGCUCUGUGCGAGCAUGUUGUACUGUAACGCCUGACUGAGCGCCGCCGACACGAGCACGGCGGUUCCACCGACUGUACAGCGACUUGUCGAGCCGAUUCGCCGACGUCUUUCUAUCUUUUCAGCGUGGGUAGGCGACUCCUUAAAGGUGCUGGGGCUGGGGGAAGAAAGGGAGAGUCAGUCGAACGCCGAGUCCGAUCCACCCACAAGGCAUGAGCGAUAAAUGACGAGCUGCCCCCCCCCCCCCCCCCCCCCCCCCCUUCCCCCGACUCCCUGUACGACUUUUCUGUCCCCUUUUCCCCCCCUGUCGUCCUGUGAAAAUCUACAGUGCUGGAAAACACCAAUGCAUUUCAAUAGCUCCUUUACACUAUAGCACAGUAUUCCAGUGCCCUUCAGUGAGAGGGUCUUAGCAUGGCCUUAAUCUGGCUCCUACAUGCACUAUUUCUGCAAUGGCACUAAUGAUCACAACACUCCUAAAAUCCUUAGACCAACACCAGAUUACCUUAGGAAUGCUAGCCAAUCACCUUUCAGGAAAUCGGCCACGCCCCUCCAUAGAGCCUUGUCUACGUCAGAUGUGUGAUCAGAUAUCGCCGCUGCAGCCUUUUGUAGAAUAACACCUUUGUUUUAACCACUCGGAGGGAGUCAAGAAAGGGGGAUGAAAAAAAAGAAUCCCCAUGGAACAGGAUUUUUUUUUUUUUUAAUUUUUUAUUAAUCAUUGGUAUAAUUCCUGCAGGAAAAUACUCUCGACGUAUUUGUACUGAUGAACAAUGUUGUUUACUAUUUUGACAAUUCUAUAUGAAAUGGUGUGUGAAGUGUAAAUCUGGCUAGUCUGGGAAAAGAUGAUUAAUCCAUAUCAUUUGUUAUUACAGUGAUAGCAAAUGUGUUGAAUAAAAUGGUUUUUAUCGUAGUGCUAUGGAAGCAGCAUGAAACUGUAUCUUGUGUUUGCUUUGACUACAUAGUAAUUGGACGUGUAAUCGGUCUCGAGGGCGGGAUGGGUUCAACUAAAAACGGGGUAGUUUCUCUGAGACGUUUGCAUCAUGAUUAUAUUAAUAUUCUCAUGCCUGUUGCUGUUCAUAAUGCUGUAAAUUGUUCUUGGGGGGAAAAAAAAACAUGUUUUAAGUUCUUUCAUGAUAUAUAAAUAUAUGUAUGUAUUACAUUUAACAGAAGUAUUACUGAUCAACAACACUAAAAUGAAGCUGUGUGUGCGCGGGUGUCUGAGAGAAAAGCUGUGAUUGCCACUAAAUAUAAAACAGCACGUUUUCUUACAAAGAAAAAAAAGUUUCCUUUUUUUAUUCUGUUUUAUUUCUCUCUCUCCUUUUUCUAACACCAUUGAACCUAAAGGGCACUUUAUAGAUCACUCUGAGGUCAUGUCGCCUGUUGUAUGUCUUUUGUCAUUAACUUGAAUGUGAUUCUCUUUUUGUUUUUUGUUGUUUUUUUUCCAUUUGAAGCACUUACCUGGUGCAAUAUAAAUAGUCUGUAAAUCUGGGCUGCUGCUAACAUAGAGAAAGUUGACAGAAGUGAAGAAGAAACUUCACACCCUUUAGUAUUCUCUGAUUCUUUUGUACCUUCCUUCCUUCCUUCCUUUGACUUGUUUCCUUCCUGCUGUGAUCCCACCACUCAAACUGACUCCGUAAAACAUUAGUCCCUUUUUUUCAGAGGAGUUUCUUUUUGUAUUGAACGACAGGAGAUAUCACUUUUGUCAAAACAUUUCACCACUCUGCUACUCUUUGUGGUUCGUUUAAUUUCAGUCAAAUAAAAAUGAAACUUCUC